AUGAGACUAAAGUCACAGGAACGCAAGAUGGAGAAAGACGAAUUCUUGAAACAAUGGUACCAUCAAACAAUAGCUGACUACGUCGCGAAAGGGUAUGCACGCAAGGCCACGGUGAAAGAACUUUUAGAGGAUAAUCCAAAAAUAUACUAUCUUCCUCAUUUCGCAACCAUAAACGCCAACAAAGUUCCGCCGAAACCAAGAUUGGUCUUUGACGCUGCGGCAAAGAACAAUGGUAAAUCUCUUAACUCACACUUACUAACCGGACCAGAUGCAACGACCUCACUUAUAGGCGUGCUGAUCAGGUUCCGCGAGCACCCAAUUGGCUGCACAGGUGACAUCAAAGAGAUGUUCCACCAAAUCAAAAUACGGCAUGAAGAUCAAUACGCCCAAAGAUUCUUGUUCAGGGGCUCACCCGACAUGGUGCCACAAGUGUACGUCAUGCAAGUCAUGAUGUUCGGGGCCACGUGUUCCCCAGCAUGUGCCCAAUAUGUAAAAAAUCAAAACGCGGAACUGUUCCAAGAAAAAUAUCCAGAAGCAGCAGAAGCAAUAGUGCGAAAUCACUAUGUAGAUGAUUACUUGGACAGCUUUCCAGAUCUCGAAACGGCCGUUCGAACUAUUCAGGAGGUGUGCGAGAUCCACAAUAGAGCGAACUUCUUCCUUCGAAAUUUCAUUACCAACAAUAAAGAGCUGGAGAGUACCAUUCCUGCAGAUAGACUGUCAGAAAACACACUACUAGACAUCGGAACCAACAGUCAAACCUCCGAGAAGGUUCUUGGCCUGUUAUGGGAUAGGAAAUCCGAUGAGUUUAGGGUCGCUCCUAAGAAACCGCUAUCUAUCCCGCGGCUCGAACUUCAGGCCGCAGUAUUAGGCACCAGGCUCACCGAAGCCACUAAAAAGGAAUUAAGAAUAACGAUCGAUGAUGUGUACUAUUGGACCGACUCCACCACUGUGCUUGGGUGGAUCAGCAGCGAAGCGCGAAAAUUCAAACAAUUCACGGCGCUGCGCAUAGGCGAAAUUCUAGAGACCACAAAUAAAAAUCAGUGGCAAUGGGUGGCCUCAGGAAGCAAUCCCGCUGACGAAGCUACGAAAGAGAAAAAGGGCCCGUCGCUAUGGCUCGAGGGACCGGCCUUCCUAAAGCAGGAAAUCAUUCCCCGUAAACCGCAACCAUUCGUAACGUAUGAAGACCUCAAGCCGGUGCACGUUAUCAAAACAUUUAAAAGGGAUGACUUCGAAAUCAUCUCGAUCCAGUGGUGCUCCUCAUGGGUGCGCUUGAAAAAGGCGCUAGCGAUUUGGCUGUGCUAUAUCAAAAAGCUGCAACACAAAGUCAAACGUGAACCUUACACGCAAAUAUUAGAUUGCGAAAUGUGGACGACUGCCGAAAUCUUAUUAUUGAAAAAGGCUCAGUGGGAAUCAUUUGAAGAAGAGGUGACCAACCUAACAUUAAACAAACCAAUCCCUAGACACAGCUCUAUCAGGUCGCUCAAUCCAUAUCUUGAAGAUGGCAUAUUGCGA